AUGAUAAUAAUAAUAAUCAAUAUAUUGAAAAUCAUUCAACAUUUGAAUCAUCAUACUCUUCAUCAAGUGCAUCAAUACAAAUUGUAUUCAUUAAUGAAAUUUGAUGGACCAACACGUGUAUUGGUAUUAUUUUAUGAUCUACCAAAGGAUGAUUCAUCAUCAGAGUUAUCACAAACUGGGUUGAAAAUUGUACUGAUAAUCUUUUGGUUGAAUAAAUUUCCACGAACAAUCAGAGGGUCACUACAUUUUGGAAACAGCUUUCAAGGGUAG